AUGCGUGACUUGGCUCUGGAUCCGCCGCCGAGGUCGGUCAAGCCGGUCUUUGAGCAAGAAGUUGCUGCUGCUGGUGCUGCUGCUGGAGAGGGCGAUGGUGGCUCUGACCAAGGAAUGCCCUCCGAUUUGAAUCCGAGCCAUAUUGUAGCGUCGGAGAAGACUCGCUUGGCCAGCGGAUCGCGGGUCGGUCCGGCUUCCAUGUCUGCCACGGACUCGGGCCUGGUCUCCGUCGUUGUCUCGCGGCUUACAAGGGUCGAGGCGCAAAACGCUGAGCUGAAGGACAAGCUGUGUGAAAAGGAUGCUGCCAUCGCUGUCCUGAGGCGGAAGAUUGCCGAGCUAGAGGCGGGCGCUGCUGCUGCUGAUGGCCAGAGCUCGCUCAUUGCUGGGCUGCAGGACGAGAACGCCCGGCUCCGCAAGCACAUCUCUGAGAUCGAUGGCUUUCUCGCCGACUAUGGCCUCAUCUGGGUCGGCGACGGUUCCGACAGUGACGACGACGACGACGUCAGCGUCGACGACAGCAACGACAUAGAGCCUGGCAACGAGGGAGGUGAUCACACCGGCGGCGAGGCUACGCCCCCUCCGGUCGUCUUUCCGUUCGACCUCACGGUUCUUCUUGCCCGGUUCAAGCACCUCAACUACGUGGCCGGCGACGGAACGGCCGAGGUUGUGGCGAGCAGCGAGCACUCCCGCGGCGGCCGGCUUGCUCAGGUUCAGGCCAUCGACGUUACGCUCUAUGCCAACGGCCUGAUCAUGGCGCGAUCGGGGACGCCGGCCGACGAUAUCUUCCGCUCGUUUGCGCCGCAUCCAGAGACCGGCGUCUCGACAGCUUACGACUUUCUGGCCGACGUCUUUGACGGCUACUUUCCGUCGGAGCUCCAAGAGCGCUACCCAGAUGGUGUGCCGUUUGACGUCACGCCGCGGACAACCGAGGUCUUUACGCCCAAGCUCGAGGUUGCUCCCUUCUCUGGCGCUGGCCGCUCGGCCGACGGCUCUGUUGUCGUCAGCGGACAGAACGGCGUGGGAAGCCGAGCUGCGGACCGCCAAGUCGGCGCCGCCGAGUUCCUUGCCCGCCUCCCGGAGCGCGUUGUCCGCGACGGCAAGGUCCACGCCGUCCGAUCGGACGUCGCCCAACUGCUGCAGGUCGGCGGGAGCGGCAAGCCCGGGUCGCCGUCGGACGUCAUUGUCGUCCCCACUUUAAUCCUCAAAGAGCUUGAGGUGGCUAACGCCAACGUGCCGUCGUCCGCCACCGCCCGCCCCAGCUCGGCCAAGGCCAUCACCACGCUGCGGGUCAAGUCGCCACGGCGACACGCUCAACACUGUAUUUGA